AUGCUCCUGUGUUGCUGGUGGUGCCUGAGGCCUGAGACAGUGGAGCUGGACAGCAGGAGAGUGGACCACCAUGUGUUGAACUGCGAGGCCGCUGCUUCCACCACCAUAACAGCUGGUUCCCUUGACCAGUGGGAGCCAGAAACAACUAACAGUGGCUUGCAGCCCUCUCAAAGUGUGAAGAAUUCGAGCUAUAGUUUGUCAUCCUACCACCCAUACAGCAACAGUUAUGACUAUUCAGACCAGACCAGGCAGAGUGAGCGCUCGGGCCUCUGUGGGCUCUCCAACCUGGGCAACACAUGCUUCAUGAGCUCUGCUGUACAGUGUUUAAGCAAUAUCCCUCCACUGACGGAGUACUUCCUCAAAGACAAGUAUACAGACGAACUGAAUGAGGACAACCCGCUGGGCAUGAAGGGGGAGAUUGCCAGAGCUUACGCCGAACUUAUCAAGCAGCUGUGGUUGGGCAAAUACAGCUAUGUCACCCCAAGGCCUUUCAAGACCCAGGUGGGCCGCUUUGCACCCCAGUUCUCGGGCUACCAGCAGCAGGACUCCCAUGAGCUGCUGGCCUUCCUCCUGGAUGGACUUCAUGAGGACUUGAACCGCAUCAGGAAGAAACCCUACAUCCAGCUGAAGGAUGCUAAUGGAAGGCCUGAUAAGGUGGUAGCAGAGGAGGCAUGGGAGAACCACAUCAAGAGAAAUGACUCCAUCAUUGUGGACAUCUUCCACGGCCUUUUCAAGUCUACCCUGGUGUGUCCUGUGUGCGCCAAGAUUUCUGUGACUUUCGAUCCUUUUUGCUACUUGACCCUACCACUUCCCAUGAAGAAGGAGCGGACACUGGAGGUCUAUUUGGUCAGACUGGACCCUCUGGUCAAACCCACACAGUACAAGCUAACAGUUCCGAAGGUGGGCUACAUCUCGGACCUGUGUACCUCCCUUUCCAUCCUUUCUGGGGUUCCUACUGAGAAGAUGAUUGUAACCGAUAUCUACAACCAUCGUUUCCACAGGAUCUUCGCCGUCAACGAGAACCUGAGCAGCAUCAUGGAGAGAGAUGAUAUCUAUGUAUUUGAGCUGGCUGUGAAUAGGGUGGAGGAUACUGACCAUGUAGUGAUCCCAGUACACCUGAGGGAGAAGUACAAACAGUCAGGCUACAACCAUACCAGCACACCACUGUUUGGACAGCCCUUCCUCAUUGCUGUCCCCAGAACCCUAAGUGAAGACAAACUCUACAACAUGCUGCUCCUCCGACUCUGCCGGUUUGUGCAAUCUUCAAUAGAUGAGGAGGACUGUGAAGAGACGCAGCUAUCCAAACAACGCACCAUCAAUGGUAAUGCCACUAAUGGACUUUUGGAGGAGGGGUCACCGAGUGAGAUGGAGACCGAUGAGCAGGAUGACGAGUCCAGUCAGGAUCAGGAGCUGCCCUCUGAGAACGACAACAGCCAAUCAGAGGACUCAGUGGGCGGGGACAAUGAACUGGAGAACGGUGUUGUCAGUCCCCAGAACUCCAUCAAAGGCCAGCAGUUGGCUGGGCACAACAGAAAGAGACUUUUUACAUUCCAGUUCAGUAACAUGGGCAAAAAGGAUUUCUUGCUCAUCAAGGAGGACACCAAGCAAAUUCGCUUUGAUGAGGGACACCUUCGACUCAGCGACCGCUCUUAUCUCUCCUUGGACUGGGAACCAGAGAUCAAGAAGAAGUAUUUUGACGAGACUGUUGUUGAGGAUUUUGACAAGCACGAGAGUAUGGACUACAAGCCUCAGAAGAAGGCCUUCUUCAAGCUGAGGGACUGCAUCGAGCUGUUUACCACAAAGGAAAAACUAGGUGCAGAGGACCCGUGGUACUGUCCAAACUGUAAGCAGCAUCAACAGGCCACUAAGAAGCUAGACUUGUGGUCUCUGCCGCCGGUACUGGUGGUCCACCUUAAACGCUUCUCUUACAGCCGCUACAUGAGAGAUAAACUGGACUCCCUUGUUGAUUUCCCACUGAGAGAUCUGGACAUGUCUGAAUUUCUGAUCAACCCCAACGCUGGACCCUGUCGCUAUGACCUCAUUGCUGUGUCUAACCACUAUGGCGGGAUGGGUGGAGGCCACUAUACAGCUUAUGCUAAGAACAAAGAUGAUGGAAAGUGGUACAACUUUGAUGACAGCAGCGUGUCUCCUGCCAGUGAAGAUCAAAUAGUGUCUAAAGCCGGCUACGUGCUGUUCUACCAGCGCCAGGACACAACAAAAGGCACUGGCUAUUUUGCGAGGAGGCAAAUUGUGCUGUAA